GUUAGAAGAAAAAUAAAAGAAGAAAAGAAAAAAAAAAAAAAGAAAAGAAAGAAGAAAUUGUGAGAUGCAAUGUGCGAGUGCGACCAUUUCAAGGCGAGUUUAGCGCAAAUGAGAACCCAAUCUCUAAUCCGUAGAGAGACAAGAGAGGGAAAGAGACGACUAUGGCGAUGAUGCUGCUUGAGAGCACUGUAAUUGUCCUCCUUAUGCUGCUUUUGAUCCUCCUCCUCAUCUUCCUUGCCUGCAAACCAUGGCGCUUCUUUUUCUCCUCCACUUCUUACACUCUCAAGGUUGGUGACUUGGAUAGGCCCCUUGUUUCAGAUGAAGUGGAAAGCAAUGAUUGGGCAAGAAAUUGUGAUGUAGAGGGAGCAUGUUAUCAAAAUGAAGGGUCAUUGUGUUUGUCCAGGCCUGUUGGACUUGUUCAUGAACAAAGGCUUCCUUCUGAAUCACCUCAUUUGGUCCAAGGAGGUAGUUUGGUUUUAGAUGUUUCAGAACCUACAGUGGAUGUUUCAGUUGGCCAAACCAUAUUUCGAAAAGAGCACCUAGCUGAACUGCAGACACAUGUUAGACAGGAAGAUCAAAGUCCUAUAGUGGAACCUGGUCUGCAAAAUGAUAAAAAUUUUCAGGAAUUUGUGCCCAAGGUUAUCCCUGAUCAAAGAAGCUGCCUCUCUUUGGAGGUCAUUUCUGGUCCUUGUUGUGGGCUCCAUUGUUCUAUUCAGUCGACAAGUACUUCAAGGCUUCCAUUGACUCUCGGAAGGGUUUCUAGUGACUUGUUGUUGAAUGAUUCAGAGGUGUCUGGAAAGCAUGCAAUGAUUAACUGGAAUAUGGAUAAGAAAAAAUGGGAGCUGGUAGACAUGGGCAGCCUAAAUGGAACACUUUUGAAUUCACGGCCUAUUAAUCAUCCAGAUUCUGGAAGUAGGCACUGGAGUGACCCAAUUGAGCUGACAAAUGGAGACAUAUUAACACUUGGCACAACUUCAAGUGUACAUGUUCAAAUUACAUCUACAGCCGAGAACGAGAUGCCUUUUGGGGUAGGUAUGACAUCAGACCCCAUGUCUAUGCGUCGAGGUGGAAAGAAGCUUGCGAUGGAAGAUGUGUGCUAUUAUCAAUGGCCCCUACCUGGCAUUGAACAGUUUGGAGUGUUUGGUAUUUGCGACGGGCAUGGUGGCAUAGCAGCUGCCAAGUCUGCUAGCAAAAUGCUACCUGAGAAGGUGGCCAAUAUUUUGUCAGAUUCACUAACAAGGGAGAGGGUUUUAUCACAAUGUGAUGCUUCAGAAGUUCUCAGAGUUGCAUUUUCUCAAACAGAAGCUUCCAUGAAUAACUUUUAUGAGGGUUGUACUGCAACUGUGCUUCUGGUUUGGGCUGACAGUGAUGAAAAUUUCUUUGCACAGUGUGCCAAUCUUGGGGAUUCAGCUUGUGUUAUGAAUGUCGAUGGAAAGCAGAUUAAGAUGACAGAAGACCAUAGAGUAACUAGUUAUUCUGAAAGACUUCGAAUCAGUGAAAUAGGAGAACCAUUGAAAGAUGGGGAUACACGUCUUUGUGGCUUGAACCUUGCGCGGAUGCUUGGAGACAAAUUUCUGAAGCAGCAGGAUGCCCGAUUCAGUUCAGAACCCUACAUAAGUGAAGCUGUACAUAUACAUCAAGCAAGUAGAACUUUUGCACUGUUGGCAAGUGAUGGCUUUUGGGAUGUCGUUAGUGUUAAGAAGGCAGUUCAGCUUGUAGUUCAGAUGAAGGAGAGAGACUCUACACGUGGGGAGAAUCCUGCUGAGAUGGUAGCUAAUUUUCUGUUGAGCGAGGCUAGAACGCUGCGGACAAAGGAUAACACCUCCAUAAUUUUCGUGGAUUUUAACAGAAUCUAGGAUAUCUUGUAAAGCUGUGUCCUAAUGUAAAUUAAUAGUUUUUAGUUUACAGUUAUCUUCA